GACUUGCUGAUUCAUGUCCUGACGACGCACUCGGAAAGGAACACUUAAACGAUUCACCUGUCUUCGUUACCCCAAUUUCACUUGGACAUGGUUGUACGGACUUCGGCAAAUUCGAUGAAACGUUGGCUGUCUUCCGGUGUGGAAAAUAGUGUUGUUUCUGCGUUAAACGAACGUUUCAAGCCCAUUUAUUUGAAAAUUGUCAACGAAAGCAAGAAGCAUAGUGGUAGCACAGGUGCUCAAACCCACUUCAGGUUAACGAUAGUCUCCAAGGAGUUUGACGGCCUCUCCUCGCUUAAACGUCACCGUUUGAUCUUUGAGACACUAAAGAACGCGUUUUCAUCUGGAUUGCACGCGCUCUCUAUCAACGCCAAAUCGCCUAAUGAACCUCUGAGUGAUCCCCCAACUCCACCUUGUCCGGGUCAUCGGUUUUCAUGAGAGUCUUCCCUUCUUCAAACACGCUACUACUCUUCCUACGGAUGAUUCUAUAACUCGUUUCCCACUGAUUAUUUGUCAUUUUUGCCCCUUAUUCUGGAUGCGUUUCAACUAGUUCACCUGCGUAACGUUCCUUUACCGUCGCUACAUGAUGUCUGUAAAGGUUGACCAAAUAUAACAAUGAGCA